GAAAAAGAACAGGUCUCUGGAUACCCAUAUUACAUAUAUGUGGAUACCGCACUUCUUGUUCAAAAUGCGCAAAAACACAUCUGGGUUUCUUCCAGUUUCUUCUACCAUACUUUGGAGUAGUGCUUCGAAAGUUCGGACUCUGACAGUUUGGACUGUCCGAGUCGGACAUUCCAGUAGCAUAUUCAUGAACGAACACGAACACACUAUCAAAUGGCGAGUAUAGUUAAACCACGGAGUUAAACGCGCGCAAUUGCCAAGUGGAUACAAGCAUCCUUGAAUCCGAAGGACGAAGUAUAUUGGCACGCAUUAUCGAAGAAGGACAAGGAAGAAGAGUGAAGUAGUAGGAGAGAGCAGAAAGAAACACCAGUAGACUCGAGGUGCGUUCUGUUAUGUACUUGAAUAACAGAAUAUAAUCAUGGAGAAUAGUCUGGAACCAUUGUACUCGCAGCGUAUUUGUCGAUUCUGUUUAUCGGAUUCGAGACCACUGAACUCCAUCUACGAGCGCACUGAUAAUAAAUCAGUCCAUGUGCCACUCACAUUACAGAUCAUGUCCUGCGUUGCUAUCGAGGUCUAUGCCGAAGACGAGAUGCCACAGGUGAUCUGUAAUAUGUGCCGCUGGAAUCUGGACCGUUCGUAUAAAUUCAAGUUGCAAUGCAAGAAGGCUGACGAGGCAUUAAGAGAUUAUCUUCUAUCUGGAAAAUUGCCGAAACCCUUCCCGCCCAUCCCCAUUGAUCCUCCAACGGAGAACGGCAACAAAAGACUCGCCGAAUCUAUAUCGCAGAACGAGGCUUCGAAAAAGCGACGCAUUUCUAAUGACGAGACAUGUGAAACUAGAAAACAGAAGAGAGAGAGGGAAAAUGAACCACAAAAUGCGAGUAACAUUGAAGAAGAAAGGAAACAAAAGCCGGCAGAGAUACUCAGAGUACAUUCAUGCAAUCAAUGCGAACGUACGUUCGCAUUACGUCAGGCUCUGCUGUUGCAUGUUCAGCGCGUUCAUCGCGCUCGCAAUUACAAGUGUAACGAGUGCGGAAAAAACUUUUUCAACAAACACGAUUUGCACAAGCACUCGAGUAUACAUUCGAAGGUGAAGCCGUAUUCAUGUUCAGUCUGUCAGAAGCAGUUCUCGCGACUGACUUCGCUGCAACGUCACCAGAAGUUACAUAAAGAUGAGACGCAUUACGCCUGUCCCCAUUGCGACGACAAAUUUUUCACUACAGAAGAACUCGAAAAGCACAAGGAUUCAGCACACAAGAAAGAGAAGCGAUUCGAGUGCAAUAUUUGCAACAAGCGUUUCCUAUACAAACAGGGUUUACAACGGCACGAAACGUUGCAUAGUAAUGAGGAUAAAAAGUUUAUGUGUGAUUACUGUAAAGAGACUUUCCAUACUUGUACAAAACUGGCCCGGCAUCUGUCUACCCAUGCUGGUCCUCGACCAUAUAUGUGCAAAUUGUGUCCUCGUACGUUCCUGUUAUCGCAUCAUUUGACUAGACACAUGCGUAUGUCCCAUUCGAAGGAUAAGCGGCGUGUACACAAGAAAUGCAGUAAGAAGAAUUCAGAGAUGCUUAAGUUAAUGCGCAUAAAGCAUGCACGCCUGGGUCUCAACUGCGAUGUUUGUCAAGAAUUUUGUCGUAAUCGCACCGAUUACGUCAUCCAUAUCAAGCAACAUAUCGAAGCGGGUGAGAAAAUAGACUCGAACAAGUUACAGCCUAAUACCAAGAAAAAUCUGGAACUAAAGUCUAACGUGAAGGAAAAAAAAGAAAAAGAUCAACAUGACGGAGACGGUGAUCACGAGCUACCAGCGUGCGUUGUAAAGAAGUUACCAAAGUCGCCAAUGCCUUCAGAAAGUGAAAACAAAGAAAAACAGAAUAGAGAAGACAAGACAGAAAAAUCCGAGAAACAAGAAAAGAAAGAACCCAAGGUGGUGUACAUAUGCGGCAAAGAUGGCAAUAUGGUCAAGAUCACGACACUAAUUCCCAUUCAGCAAAGCGAUAUUCAAAAGCAGAUAGUCACGAAACAAACUACUUCAAUCGAUUCUUCUUCUCAAAGCAGCUCGAAAAGUCUCACGUCAUCGCAAAUCAAGGAGACUCCCAAAAGCGAUCACGUGUAUGACAUCAAGACACAAGCGCAAAAAAUCGUCACCUCAGUAUUCAAAGAACAGAAUACUCCGCUAAAACAUCAGCACAACGAUCAAGAUCAGAAACUACUAACACCUGUGACAAGAAUUCAGAGCUCUUAUCAAGAAGAAGAAAAUCACGAGAACGACGAUAAGGCAGAAACCCUAGCAUCCACUCCAAAUACCAUCAAGGUUAAAACGAUUAAAAGAAUUGUGAUGAGGAAAUCAGAAGGAGGUAGUAGCGAAGGAACAUCAGCUAGUACAUCUGGUAUUAAGGAUGAAGACUCUUCUUUGAACGAUAGUCCCGACUCGCGUAAGAUUAAGCGAGUGAUUGUUAGUAGAAUUAUCCGACGGAAUGACAAUAUUCAUGAAGUUAUCAUGAAUCCUGAUGGAACUUGCAUGAUAGAUUCUGCAAAACUGACAAAUCUAUCGACUGGCAAUAUAGUAAAGCGAGUAGUAACGAAGGUACCACUCGAUAACAAUCAGAAUUUGGUACAAGCGAUAUUGCAAUCUGCGAAACAAUGUCAAGAAACAGAAGGUAUUACAAAUGGGAAGUCCGAGAUGAAGACUUCGAUGUCAUCCAGUGAUGAUAUGCCAAAGAGCUCGGACACCUCGGAAGAGAAGCAAUUGAUCGUCCGGGAUCAGGAUCAGAAAACCCAAGGAGAAGUUGAAGCAGUUGGAGAAGCGGUAUAAUAAUCAAGACUUAAGAUUGAGGGUUGCAAGCGAAGAAAAUGUAGCAGAACUACGAGGCGAUUGAUAAGAUAUUACCAGAGUAACAUGAUAAGUUUGAAAAUGAGCAGCAGCUACCGCUGAAGAAAGUAUUUGUGAAACGGAAACAGAAUAUACAGGGUGUCCCGUGAGAUUUCUCCAAUCUUGCACAAGAAGGUAGAUAAGAUCAAAAUAAAUACAUAAGUCCUAUACUGUUUAACGAUUCUCACAUUAUUAAUACAGAUAUUAAUUUUUGAAACUAAUGAGAGCGCGUUUUGAGAAACGCUCCGACCGCACGAGGUUAUAGCCCAGCCCACUUUUUCAAACAUGGGCUGCGUUGGCAGUGCGAUUAGAAAGGCAAGAGAGGGGAAGUGCGUUGUUGCUCGGCGCCUGGCAUCGUCACUUUAUUUACCUUUCUGUGCGAGAUUGGAGAAGUCUCGCAGAACACUCUGUAUAUACGAUGAGAAGCAGGAGUACAUCGAUGAUACAUAAACGAUAAAAGAGUAACUUGACUCAAGCGGGAAAGGAAGAGACGGAUUAAGUUGCAGUGAAAAAAGAAGGAGAGAUGUUGGAAAAUAUUCAGAAAAGGUACGAAGUACGACAAUAAGCUGCAGUAAUAUUACAUCAACUGGUACAUUUAUUCCAAUUUAUUCUGAAAAAAGACAAUCUGAAAUAACAAGAUAUUCGAACAAAUGUUACAUGAUCAUAAAGCCUAGCGAUACAUCAAAGGUGCAGAAGGUGAGUUUAGAUUGUGCAGCGUUUUCGAGAUUACCGACAACAUAGUAAAAAUACGAAUAUAGAUUAUACCGAACAUUUGAUACUAAAUAAGUACUAAAUUCAUACCAAAUCAAAUAAAAAAUCCCAACAUGUAAAUGCUUGGUUCAUUAAACAAGCCAACCAUUUAUUAUAUAACUAAUGAUAGCCAGGUCAGCGUGA